AUGUCGUCUCCAAACCCGCCAGCCGAUCCCCCGGCGGACGCUGCAACAGCCCCCGGUCCCACAUCGGAAACAACUUCUUCCGGCGACAGCAAUGCCUCCGCAACAGGAGACUCCGGCAGGGGGCUCGGCGAUGAUUCUCUAGCCGACUUGGACAGUACUCCUGUUCCGCUCUCCUCGAUCCCGCCUCUGCAGGUCGAGCCGGGUGCUGCUCACGUACCGCUAUCUGCGCCGGCUGUUGCGUCAACUGGUCUGACUCCUGUGUCGGCACAAGGAUUAGCAGCUUCAACUUCCGACAACGCAAGUGCUUCCCGACGUGUCGUCUCACCUCUCGUCAACCCGUCCAACGGCAGUGGGGGGCCUCCGCCACGGUCCGCCGCACAACCAACGCGCUCCCGGAGCAGAGUCAAGCGUCGCUUCAGCGGUAGCACCGCCCCGAGCAGCCAAAGCCCGAGCAGCGAGCGCAGCCAUGCCCACCACAAGAAAGAAAAGGAAGAGGCCCGCAAGGCCCCUCUCGGUGUCAUUGGCGUCUGCGCUCUCGACGCCAAGGCCCGCAGCAAGCCCAGUCGCAACAUCUUGAACCGCCUGAUUGCCAAAAACGAGUUUGACGUAGUCGUCUUUGGUGACAAGGUCAUCCUCGACGAAGAGGUCGAGAACUGGCCUAUUUGCGACUACCUCAUCUCCUUCUACUCCGACGGCUUUCCGCUCGACAAGGCCAUUGCCUACGUAAAGGCCCGCAAGCCCUUCUGUGUCAAUGACGUGCCUCUCCAAAAGGUACUCUGGGACCGUCGCGCUUGUCUGCGCCUCCUCGACAAAGUCGGCGUACCCACUCCUCAGCGUCUCGAGGUCACGCGCGAUGGUGGCCCGAGCAUCCUCACCCCCGAUAUCGCUCGCCACGUCCGCGAGGUUGGCGGCGUAACCCUCGAGGCCACCGAUCCCGCCAAGAACCCCGCGCCCCAGAAGGUCGUUCUGCUCGACAACGACGACGUGCUCAGCGUUGACGGCAAGCUCAUCCGCAAACCUUUUGUCGAGAAGCCCAUCAGUGGCGAGGACCACAACAUUAUCAUCUACUUCCCUUCGUCGGCCGGCGGCGGCGCCCGAAAGCUCUUCCGCAAGAUCGGCAACAAGAGCUCAGAGUACUUUGAGAACCUCAACAUCCCGCGCGCCAUCACGCAACCGACCGAGAGCUACAUCUACGAAAAAUUCAUGCGCGUCGAGAACGCCGAGGACGUCAAGGCCUACACCGUCGGCCCUACCUACUGCCAUGCCGAGACUCGCAAAUCGCCCGUCGUCGACGGCAUUGUGCGUCGCAACACCCACGGCAAGGAAGUGCGCUACGUGACGACGCUCAACAGCGAAGAAAAGGAAAUGGCCAGCAAGAUUUCGCUUACGUUUGGCCAAUGUGUCUGCGGUUUCGACCUCCUGCGCGCCAGUGGCAAGAGCUACGUGAUUGACGUCAACGGAUGGAGUUUUGUGAAGGACAACGACGAGUACUACGACCAGUGUGCCAGCAUCCUCAAGGACAUGUUUGUCAAGGAGAAACUGCGCAAGGCCGCGGCUGCGGCGGCUGUUGCUGCUGCCGCCGCCGCCAACGCUGCUGCGGCCACUGCCGGCACGGCUUCGGCCAACAACACCUCCUCGCCGAGCACGGCCGGUGGUGCUCUCACGCCGCCCAUGGGUGCACAGUCCGACGGCGCCGAGGCGAUGACCGCAGAGCAAAUGGCACUACAGCAACAUCUUGUCAAAGACAAGGAAACGGCACAGGCCCAUAAGCCGUCCAUAAUGUCCCCGUCUUCUGACAAGCAAGAUCCUCAGGCACAGUCCCCCGAUGCCAGUUCCACAGGUCCCACUAGCCCACGACAGUCUAUUCCCGUGGGCACUACGCCCCCGCAACUCGAAGGACAAGCUGCCACCGCUGCUCCUGCUGCCGCGGACGCCAUCGCUACGUCACUUGACAAGCCGGCCGCGGAGACUGGCCUUGGCCUCGCGGCCGGCAGCCUUCCGUCUACGGCCGCCUCGUCGCUCCCACAUACGCCAAACUAUGCUGACAACCCGCUGAUCUUGGAAGACGACGAACCCGAGAAGCCUCCACCACCUCCGCCAGCCCACUCGUGGAAGCUCAAGGGUGUCGUUUCCGUCAUCCGCCAUGCUGAUCGUACGCCGAAGCAAAAGUACAAGUUUACCUUUCACACGGAGCCGUUCAUCGAGCUUCUCCGCGGCCACCAGGAGGAGGUUUUGCUCAUCGGCGACGCUGCCCUUGCCAGUGUCGCCAACGCCGUUGAUGUUGCUAUUCGCGCAGGCAUUGAGGACCGCGGAAAGCUCCUCGCACUUCGCAACGUGUUGGUCCGCAAGGGGUCAUGGCCGGGGACCAAGGUGCAGAUCAAGCCAAUGUUCCGCAAGAAGAAGUCACCCGUUGAGGAGACUGUCUUCCCUCCUGUCGAGGAGCAGAGCGUCGCCGAGGACGUAACGCCGACCGGGACGUCGACCCUUCCGACGGUUCCAUUUGGCGACAUGGCCGAUGCGAACUCGCCAGCCGACGAUAGCAUGACCCCCCGCAUGCCACCGCGCCGCCAUGACUCGUUGUCCGGUGUAACUAUGUCCAAGUUCACCGCCGCCGAGAACAACUUUGUCCUCGACAAGCUGCAGCUCAUUGUUAAGUGGGGCGGUGAGCCUACACACUCGGCCCGGUACCAGGCCCAGGAGCUGGGCGACAAUAUGCGCAACGACUACCAGCUGCUAAACCGCGACAUUCUUGAAGAGGUUCACGUUUUCAGCAGCUCCGAGCGCCGCGUCACGACCAGUGCCCAGAUUUGGGCAUCGGCGUUUCUGGGAGAGAAAAAUCUAUCAGAGGACUUCAUCACCAUCCGCAAGGAUCUUCUCGACGACUCGAACGCCGCCAAGGACGAGAUGGACAAGGUCAAGAAGAAGCUGAAGGGUCUUUUGCGCAAAGACAAUGAGCGCCCGCCCCAGUUUGCUUGGCCAGACAACAUGCCAGAGCCGUCCGAGGUGCAGACCCGCGUCGUGCAGCUGAUGAACUUUCACCGCCGCGUCAUGAACUACAACUACGCCAAGCUCAAGGGGUCGUCUGAGAGCACGGGUGGUGGCUCGGGCCGCCUGAGUAACAGUGGCCAGAGCACCGCCGGCAGCCUGUCGGCGUCGCCCAGCUUUGAUAAGUCUGGCCCGAGCGGCUCCAUGAGCACGGCGGCCUCCAGCUCAACGACGGUAAACCUCGAUGCCCCUGCGAACAACGCCACGGGCGGCUCUGGCGGAGCUGCUAAUGGCAACGCCGACAAUCGCACCAGCUCCUUCUCGCUGUCGAGCUCCAUUGCACAGGCAAACGCUGUCAACGGUAUCCAGGCGCGCUGGUGCAGUGGUGAAGACGCCGAGCUGUUCCGCGAGCGCUGGGACAAGCUGUUCGCCGAGUUCUGUGACCUCGAAAAGGUUGACCCCAGCAAGAUCUCUGAGCUGUACGACACCAUGAAAUUCGACGCCCUCCACAACCGUGCAUUCCUUGAGUGGGUGUUUACACCUCCGAAGCACAUGCUCGAGGAGGAGGACUGGGUCGGUACCGGCGCCGCAAGCAGUAGUACGAAUAGCGGUUCGAGUGGCAGUGGUGGCCUGACGUCCAACCCCGGCUCACAAGGCCCGAAGAGCAGCCCCGUCAUUGAUGAUCGCAAAUCACAUGACGAAGGCCGGCCAUCGACCGCGAGUAGCGGUACGAGCCGGACGACUGACAAGGAUCUGGCCAUUGGCAAAGAGGGAAAGUCGGAUGGGAGCAAUGGGAGUGGGAGUGGAAGUGGCAAUGCCUCGGCGAUCAACGGUAAUAACAGCCAACACAAGCCGAGUGUUAAGCGUAUCUUCCGCCGGCGCUCGUGGAUGGCUGGUCUCCGCCACACAAUCGAGCCGCCACCGGCAGAGCAGUACUUCCACCUAUAUAAAGGAACCAACAGUCCGACCAAGGCCAAGACCGACGCCCGCUUCGAGCCUCUGCGCGAGCUGUACCAGCUGGCCAAGGUGUUGUUCGACUUCAUCUGCCCUCAGGAGUACGGCAUUUCCGACAGCGAGAAGCUGGAGAUUGGACUUCUGACCUCGUUACCGCUCCUCAAGGAGAUUGUACAAGAUCUCGAGGAGAUGCAGGCCUCAGACGAAGUCAAGUCAUUCUUCUACUUUACCAAGGAGUCACAUAUCUACACGCUCCUCAACACCAUCCUCGAGGGCGGCAUUGAGACCAAGAUCACCCGAGCCAGCAUCCCUGAGCUGGACUACUUGUCACAGAUCUGCUUCGAACUCUACGAGUCGGAAACAAGCCACCCCAAGGUCGAGUCGACGCCUGAGGGCGCCGAUGCGGACGGCGGUUGUAGCAGUGGCGAAUGCCACGACAGCGACAGCGCUGUCGAAUCGUCCACCUACCAGUACAGCAUCCGAAUUACCAUCAGUCCUGGCUGUCACGUCUACGACCCUCUUGAUGUGCAGCUGGACAGCCGGCAUACGAUCAGCUGUGCCCCGCGCCGCAGCUUAACGUCCCACAACGACUGGAAGACGGUUGUUGAGACUCUGCGCGGGCGAUUCCAUCAAGUCAAACUGCCCAAGUCCUUCUUGGCCGUCAAUCUGUCCGACGCCUUCACAUUCCAAGAGAAGCAAACCGGCGACGGCGAUGCCCAGGAGAACAAAGACGGUCUCGAGAUGAAGCAGGUACAUAAGGCAGCCAAGACAGCGGCCGCACCGGAAGCCGAGACACCCACAGCCGAGAACGGCAAUGCCUAA